AGCGCUCCGUCUGCAGGAGAAUGUAUGAUGAAAAUGAAGACUUAUCUGAUGUGGAAGACAUUGUGAACAUUCGAGGAUUUGACCUGGAGGACAAACUGCAGAGUGAUCGCUACAACAGCAGCUUCGUGCACUUUAUGGAAGGCAAAGAUUUUACCUACGAGUACGUCCAGAGAGAAGCCCUGCGCAUGCCCCUGGUGUUUAAGUCCAAAGAGGGGCUGGGGAUCAGGAUGCCUGAGCCAGAGUUUACUGUGAGUGAAAUUAAAGGACUGGUGGGAAGCCGGCGGACGGUGGAUGUGAUGGACGUCAGCACUCAGAAGGGCUCGGAGAUGAGCAUGGCCCAGUUUGUUCGUUAUUACGAGACUCCGGAGGAGGAGAGAGAGAAACUGUUCAAUGUGAUCAGUCUGGAGUUCAGCCACACCAAACUGGAGAGCCUCAUCCAGAGACCUGCUGUGGUGGACCUGGUGGACUGGGUGGACAACAUGUGGCCACUCCAUCUGAAACAGAGACAAACUGAAGCCACCAAUGUCAUCUCCGAGAUGAAGUACCCCAAAGUCCAGAGGUAUUGUCUGAUGAGUGUCAAAGGAUGUUAUACUGAUUUUCACAUCGACUUCGGUGGAACCUCAGUGUGGUACCACGUUUUUAAAGGAGAGAAGGUGUUUUGGCUGAUCCCCCCGUCACCCAGUAAUCUGGAGCUGUAUGAGCAGUGGGUUUUGUCAGGGAAGCAGAGUGAUGUGUUUCUGGGCGAUCAAGCAGAGGGCUGCCAGCGGAUCACACUCAAACGGGGCCACACCUUUUUCAUCCCAUCAGGGUGGAUCCAUGCCGUCUACACUCCGGAGGACUCUCUGGUGUUUGGGGGGAAUCUGCUCCACAGCUUCAACAUCCCCAUGCAGCUUCGUGUAUACGACAUUGAGAACAGGACUAAAGUUCACUCUAAGUUCCGCUAUCCAUUCUUCUAUGAGAUGUGUUGGUACGUGCUGGAGAGAUACGUGCAGUGCCUGACCAAACGCUCCUACCUCAGCGAGGACUUCCAGAGAGAGGCCAGCCUGACUGGUCCCAUCUCUGACCCGCGGGGGGAAAUGGAUGAGUCCACUGAGACGCAGGCGGACACUGAGCAGUUAGUUCAGUCAGAUCCUAGGGUCCACACCACCCACACUCUCAAACCGGUCAGUGACUCUGAGGACAGCAGUGCGUCUAUGCUACCUGACCCUAAACCUGUGUCGGAUGCCAAGCCGGUGUCUGACCCCAAACCUGUGGUGGACUCUAAACCUAUUUUGGACCCCAAACCUGUGGUGGACCCUAAACGCACAGUUGACGCUGCACCAGCCGGCUGGACGCACCUGACGGAGUUUGAGCUGAGCGGUCUGCGGGUGCUGGUGGAGAAGCUGGAGUCGCUGCCUGCAGGUAAACGCUGCAUUCCAGACGGGAUAGAAGACCCCCAGGCUCUGCUCCAACACAUGAAGGUGCUCCUAAAGGAACACGCAGAUGAUGACCCCAAGCUGGCCAUUACAGGGAGGCCUGUUGUUUGUUGGCCAAAGAAAUCCGUCAAGCCGCGAACUCCAGCUCGUCCCAGAGCGCGCGUGGCGCAGUGCGGGGCUCGGAGCUCAUCUGCACGGCGCAGGCGAACACGAUGCAGGCGGUGCGAGGCGUGUGUGCGGACGGAGUGCGGUCAGUGCCACUUCUGUAAGGACAUGAGGAAGUUCGGCGGUCCGGGCCGCAUGAAGCAGACUUGCAUCCUGAGACAGUGCAUCGCUCCUGUGCUGCCUCACACGGCGGUGUGUGCGGUGUGUGGGGAGGCAGGGAAGGAGGACACGGUGGAGGAGGAGCAGGAGGAUCAGUUUAGGCUGAUGCUGAUGGAGUGCUCCAUCUGUAAUGAAAUCAUUCACCCAGGAUGCCUGAAGGAAGUGGGCGGGGUGGUGAAUGAGGAACUGCCCAACUGUUGGGAGUGUCCUAAAUGCAGCCAGGCUGGAAAGGCUGGGAAACAGAAGAGGGGUCCGGGGUUUAAAUUUGCCCCCACCCUUCCGGGUUCUCUGCACAAGCCACGCCCCCCCACGGACCCACCGGACAAACUGGACGCAGACAAAACCGUGGAACCGCCAUCCGUGGACCCGUCAUCCUUGAAUCAGAAAACUGAGCCAGAAGACAUGCCCAUCAGCAAGCCUGAGGAUGCCACAGAGAAGCCCCUCCCCCUUCUGGGUGCGGCACCUGCACUGAAGCCCAAAGCAGAGGAGGAGCCUGUGCACAGGAAGAGGAAGUGCUCUAAGGACUCAGAGCCGGAGCCCAGCAGAAAGAAGAAGAUCUCGAACGUUCUGAACCCUGAAAUGCUGCACGCCGUGAAGAGAGAGAGCGAGGACGAGGGUGAUGAAGAUGAGCGGAGGGUUAAAGAGGAGGACGGAGAGGAUGAAAAGCCAGUAAGUCAAACGUCCACUCCCCCAAACAGGACGUCAGCUUCGCAUGAAAAUGGCCAAUCAUGUGGAACGACAGGCGGUGACAAACAGGUAAAGAGCCAAGCAAAACAGCUCAGGAGCCAACGGCUGAAGCAGAAGACUCUGAAGGCUGAGGGGAGACGGGCCAAUCAGAACGGAGCGCUGCCCUCCGAGGCUGAAAGCCAUGAUGAUGGAGGCGGUUGCCUAGGCGACUGGUUAGGAACCCGGGAGGAACUGGAGAAGGAGGAGCCUCCGGCGAGCAAGACUUCGCCUUCAGCUGCUGCCCAACACCCGCCCAAAUGUGCGCAAGUGGAACGGCACGUCAUCAGACCGCCGCCCAUCAGUCCCCCACCGGACCGCCUACCGCUAAAUGAUGGGCGGAGCCACACGAUUGGCAGGGAGGAGUGGAUGGGUGUAUUCAGUCACCUGCAGCACAGCGAGCUGUGUGUGUGCAUGCGCGUCUGCAAGACCUGGAACCGGUGGUGCUGUGAUAAAAGGCUGUGGAGCAGGAUUGACCUGAACCGCUGUAAGUCCAUUACCCCCCUCAUGCUUAGUGGUAUAAUCCGCAGGCAGCCGCUCUCUCUUGACCUCAGCUGGACCAACAUCUCCAAGAAACAGCUCAGCUGGCUCAUUAACCGGCUUCCAGGUUUGCGGAAGCUGCAGUUAGCUGGUUGUUCCUGGGCUGCUGUUUCUACCCUCUGCUCCUCCUCCUGCCCUCCUCUGCGGAUGCUGGACCUGCAGUGGGUGGAGGGGCUGAAGGACCAACAGAUUACUGACCUACUGUCACCACCAUCAGACUACAGACCAGGUCAGCUGGACUGCAGCAGUAAGUUGAGUAAUUUGCAAGAGCUGAGUCUGGCUGGUCUGGACAUCACUGACCACUCCCUCCGCCUCAUCAUCAAACACCUGCCCUCACUGACCCGGCUGGACCUCAGCUACUGUAGCCACAUCACUGACCACAGCAUCAACAUCAUCACUGCUGCCGGAACCAGCAGCAGAGACACGCUGACACACAUCAACCUGUCAGUGUGUCACAGGGUGACUGACCUGUCUCUGAUGUAUUUCAAACGCUGCGGCAGCAUAAGCUCCAUCGACCUGCGCUCUUGCAGUCAGGUGACCCGUCAGGCCUGCGAGAGGUUCAUCGCCGAGAUGUCUGUCAGCGUCCAGUUCAUGCUGACUGACGACAAACUGUUGACCAAAGUCAGCUAGCCUUCACUGAGGGCAGCUAUGCGGGACAGACCGCAGGACAUUUCAUUUCUCAGUGGGGGUUCCUUUGUGUUUGUCCUGCGAUGGAAAAGUUAUCGUCCACUUUGUUUACUUGAUGCAGAUUUUUCCUUCUGCAAAUGCUUAAAAUAAUCCUUGCAGCACAACACAAAAGCACAUUUUCUUUUACCAUUAAAUGUCUUUCCUUUGUGAGACCUUUUUAUUAUUUUCUUGUUUAUGACAAACACAACAAUGUGCUUUGUGUUUUGAGGCGAGGAUCAUCAUUGAAAAGUAAUUUUUGUAUCAGAAAGUAUUUCAUUUUUUUAAAUUGUGCACUUUUAAAUGCACUGAGCAGCAGUACUCGCCUGUAAAGUCUGUAAAGUUUACUUUUUCCUCACAGUUACGUUUAAUGCAGAUUUCUACACUUACAGCACUAGCAGCUUACUUUUAGAGUCUUUUAUAUUGUUCCUUUUAGAUAAGAUCUAAAUAUUGGAGUUACAGUUAAAUAAUAUGUUCUAUAUAACUGUAUCGAUCUGUCAGCUCUGUUGUGUAUAUCUGGGAGGAAAAAAAAAACAUUUGCACAGUUUGACCUGAAU